UCAAGCCGAUAUUUAUAAACAAAGGCAACUAUACAAUAACAUUUGUUCGAAUUUAUUUCGGCAUGUCUACAUCUCAACAUUUGAUUUAUAUAUCCAAAGGAAACAAAUUGACAAUAUUAUGUAAACAUUUAAUUGUUUUGUGUCUUCAAAUACUUGGAUCAACGAUCAUGACAUCAUAACCACAAGCAUUUCGAGUUUCCUGCGUCCCUUGUUAUUAUGUACUCUAUCACCAUGGAACGAACACGUCUCUUGUCAUUCGGUUGCAUUAACUUUGUAUUUUACAUGUUAUUUGUAUCAUGUUGUAACUCUUUAACACCACAGUGUAGGAAUGAAAAAGGAGAGCCCGUUGAUUGGUUCUAUGUGUAUAAAUUACCUAGAGAAAAAAAUCAUUUGAACCCACUUGUGAGGAGAGGUGUUGCAUAUAUGCAUCUCACACCCUCAAAGCUACGAGGAGGCUGGAUUAUGUCAGAUCUCUCUAUUGGCGAUCCAAGAUCUAUGGUUGGAAGGACAUUAGCACCUCUGUACCAGGAUAAAAAUAUUAUAUCACUUGUAUAUAACGACCAACCACCAGCGGCAGAACAUCAACCUGAUUUAUUGCAGUCAGUCGCUGAAAUGUAUUCAAAAAGUAAAAAAGUACAAAUGAAACAAGCUGGAGUGAAAAAGUUUAAGAAGUUUAAGUUAGGUGAAAAAUAUUAUGACGAUUAUGAUUUAGCUGAAAUGUGUAAAAUGCAUUCGAAGUUCAUGAAAACAAGAGUAGAGAGUGGCCAUACAAAAGGCGUUGUACUGGGCGACAAAUUUACAGCACUGUGGCUGGUUCAUUCCGUCCCGAGGUUUCCGCCUCUACCAGAUAUGAACGGCUUGAACGUGAGUUCGUACAACUAUCCAACCACUGGAAUGAAAUAUGGGCAGACGUUCCUAUGUGUGUCCGUGCCGACGUCGACUCUCAACCAAAUCGGAACGCAAUUGAAAUACAACGAGCCUCUCAUAGUCCACCAACAUAUACCGCAGGAAUUUGAUAGCGAAUUACCGAAUUUGGUCGAUGUCAUACGUAAUAAGACCAUUGAUACCGCUCCUUGGUAUCACAUAGAGAGUUUCGAGACGUUAGUCGGUCGAAAGUUUCUCUCGUUUGCGAAGAGCGCGAUGUUUAACGACGACUUGUACAGCGGUCUUGUGGCUGAAGUGUUGCAGUCAGACUUGCUUGUCGAAUCCUGGACUAACGGACCCGGGACUUUGGACUCGGAAUGCACGAGAAAUUUUCAAGUCCGCAAUAUUGAGCGGCUGAAAUUCCCGAUCGCCAAGAUGUCGUUCACGUCGCACAACGACCACUCCAAGUGGACGGUGGCGGUCGCGCACAAGAUGCACAACACGCAGGACACCAAGGUCGCCGACUACUGGGUCUGCGUCGGAGACAUCAACAGAGCUCUACCACAGGAAUCUCGUGGCGGUGGUACCGUGUGUACUUCGGGCCCGAUACUGUGGGGAAACUUCGCACAUCUCAUCGAAUCCGUUCAGACUUGCAACUAGAUAAUAAGUACGUAAUUUAAAAAAUAAAAACAAUAUUGUUCUGAAACUGUGAUGUUUAGGCUAAGAAGUAUUAAAGCAUUUUGGAACACUAAAAACAAACUAAAUGCCGUCAGUAUAAUAGUAUUUAUGUUUGGUUGUUUAAUUAGGUUAAGUGUAAGUUAUUAAGUCAUCAUUCAUAGCCUGAUUAUGAUUAUUGAUAUUCGGUGAAUAUUUAGUGAACCGAACAUUCGUUCAAAUAUUCGCUUUGAUCUUUUCAUUCGUUCUGUAUACCAAAUGUAUGUGAAUGUAUUGAUAUUAUGUAAUAACAAAGCGAUGACUUAGCAAUAAAUUAAGAAAAACGUCGAAAAGGUCAACGAAUCAAGUCUUGAGUAUUUAUUAUGAAACAUUAAUUUUUUAAUCGUAACAAACUUUGGUAUGUUUCCCUGACUAAACUUGCACGAAUAGUUAGCAAAUAAAAAAAUUGAUACUAAAUUAUUGCCCCAUGCCCAAGUGAAAGAAAGAGAUCAAACAUUCGUUAGAAAUAUACCUCUUUCAUUAAACAUACUUAAUAAUAAAAAAACACCUAGAUCACAUUUAGAUACAAUUUAAUUGCUGUAAAUUCUUACAGUGAAGUUUUUAAUGGAAAUACGAAAGCCGAAUAUACCUGCAGAAUUUUCGGCAAACCUGGCAAAUAUGUAGAAUAGGGAACGGGAAUGUUCGGUCCGUCUAAUUAUGAUGUCAAACAUUAAAAACGCAUUGGAUAUAUCUGUUCCGUUGAACAAAGUAGAUCGUUAAUAAUUUUAAUAUUAGUUUGAAAAAUGAUAACUUACUUUUAUUCAAUUUAUAUAUACAGACAUUUUUAUAAAAUACAAAAUUAAAAUAACAAGAACAAAAUACACAUUACAAAUUUAAAGCAGAAAAUAUUUAUUAAAAUGAAAUAAAUAUUAGUUUUAAUAACCGUAGUUUUAGUAAUUAUGUCAGACGCGAUGACUGCCCAAUGUCUGUAUUUCUUAAAAAAUAUGUAUGUAAAUCCUAAAUGUGCAUUAUUUGUCACUAUUUCAAAUUGGAACAAUGUCAAUUUGUGUAGAAGAGAUAUAAGAUACUUAAAUGUUUGACAUAAUUUUUGUAAAUAGGUGUGUCUUUAUAUCGUAAGAAUUUAUAACGAUCAAAUAAUAUUAAGCGAAAUUAAUAUAAAUCUUUUUAUUAUGAUAUAA